CUUUUCUUCUUGGGCCCUUUGCCCUUUUCUUUUCAGAUCCCUACCAUUUAUUAAUCAUCAUCAUCAUCUCAUUACUCAUCCAUCUCUAAUAAAAGUCUUCUCUCUCUCUCUCAGCAUAAUAAUCCAUCACAUAUAAUUCUGUGUUCAAGUUUGCAGUCACUGGCAUAGCUUUUUGGGUUCCUUCUCAAAGCAACAAAAAAAGAAGCCAAUCAUAUCAUAAGAAAUUUCAAAUCACGGACACUAAAACUACUUUUCCAUUGCAAAACAGAGCCCACUGAUUGAAUCAAGAAGACAAAGAAGUUGCAGAGAUUUGUAGUUAGCAAUUAUAGAACUAAACGAUGGGCUCUUUCAAGGGUCAUGCCUUACCAGGAACAUUGUUUCUAUUGGUCGGUGUAUGGCACGUAUGGAGCUCUUUGUUUCGAUAUGUAUCAAAUCCAAAGGCCUUUCGUGUUCGGGUUUGGAACCCUGUGCCUGGUUUUGAUGGGAAGCUCAAGUACUUUGAGCUUUAUCUCGUGGUGGUUGGUGCCUUCAUUGAUUUGUGUAUUGAGCUCUUGUACUCUACCCACCUCAAAUUUUUUGUCAAUGGUGUUCUGAAUCCUAAUCACAUGAAUGAUUUUGAACACUCGGGGAUGCUUCUCAUGUUCUUUAUAUUUGGAGUUGUUUCUUUGCUUUCAGAGAAAACCAGAUUUCUACCCUUGCCAGAAGGAGCUCUUUGUCUGGUUGCUGCCACAGCAUUUUGUGCAGAGUAUCUACUGUUUUACUUUCACUCAACAACCCAUAAGGGCCUUGAAGGAUACUAUCAUCUCCUCCUUGUCCUCCUAAUAGGACUCUGUGUUUUAUCUACCGUGGCUGGAGCUCUCCUCCCAACCAGCUUUCCUGUUGAUUUGUCUAAUGGCAUUGCCAUAACUCUUCAAGGCCUCUGGUUCUAUCAGACUGCCUUCACCUUGUAUGGUCCCAUGAUUCCAGAUGGCUGUCAACUUAAGAAUGAUCAGAUCACUUGUCCAUCAGUGGGUAGUCAGGUUCGAGGCGAGCUGCUUGCUAACUUUCAGCUAUUUGCCUUGGUUUUUGGUGUCCUUGUUGCAGUUGCGGUGUCUUACAGUUUUUUGGCAUCCAAAUAUGGGGAUUCUGAUGUCAGAAGCUUGCAUGCGGCUCAGGAUGGCUUGGAUUCAGAUUAGCAUAGGUGGAAUUACAUGUGCAGGGAUUAUCAUGGCUGGAAGAACUCCAAAGGCUCAUUUUAUGGUGCCCCUCAGAUAUCAGUGACACAAGAACAUCUGCAUUUGUCCACACAAACUCUGUAAAUGGAUUAUUACUUUGCAUAAUAGCAAGAUGAUGUCAUUUGUGGCAUCAAAAUUGGCAGCUGAAAAAAAAAAUAGAGAACAGUGGUAAAGGAGAAUAAGGAUGAACCAAUUGAAAAUUCUUUUUGACAGACUAGUAGGAAUUUCUUUCUGAUGGUGACUGGAGAGGCCUUUCUCUAUCAACUUUAAUUUUCUUUUUGUACCAAGAGAUGUUCAAAUUCCUAUAAUCUUUGUGCAAAGUUUGUUGUGUGUAAAACAAGUUGAGGAUUGGAAUGCAGAAAGCAGUUUUUAGAA